UUUCAGAAAUUUAUUGAAAUGGUUUACGUUGGAGAUCACCUACAAGAUGUAAUAAAUGAGGUAGUUGCAUUUUAUGUAGACAGAGAUGGGGAACAAACUUUCGAGUUUUACAUCGAUCGCUAUACUGAGUUUCUCAGCGAUUUACUCUUCAACGUGCCCGCAGUAAACGGGAUCUAUGCUCGUCGUGAUGCUCGUUGGGAUAUAUACGCAUACGUUUUCGAUCUUUAUAAUGAUGCGUAUGGAGACGAUGAUAUCCCGAAAAGACUGAGAAGAGCUACACAUGCAAGCGAUGUGCCCUACAUCUUGGAACCGACAAUAGAUAUAUUAGACUGGAAGCUUCACGACAAGCAUAAGAAUAUUAAAGAAUUUUUUGAGGAGUCGUUCGCAGAGUUUGCUAUAGAGGGGCAUCCUUUAAAUCAUCAAGCGCUAUGGCUUGAGAUUAGUGCCGAUCGCACUCUUCGUUACAUGCAAAUUGCCAAGGAAUUCGAGACUAAAAUGGGAUUUUUCAAUGGAUUAAAACAACGUCAGAUACAUCAUACUCCCUACCAGUUUUCUGUUGCUAGUUAG